AUGUCUGGGCAUCACCAUCAUGACCAUGGUGACGGUGGCCACUGUCACGCCGAGCACGACCACUCCAACGACAUCACCCCCGCCGUUCAGUCCCUCCUCUACACCCAGAUCGACUUUGAUCAGAUCAAUACCCUCAAUGAAUCCACUCCGAAGGGCGGAGCUGCCAUCGUGAAGAAAACAUGGGCCGAACGACUCAACGAUACCCCAGAGCUUGAGAGCGAUGCCGAUGAACAGCUGCUCAUGUACAUUCCGUAUGAUAUUCACCUCCCUCCUUACAUCCCACGAUCCCCCCCAAUUAUAUUUGCUAGCGACGCGAUGCCCCGCGACAACCCCUCCUCCAACACUUUUUACCCCUCAUCGUCAUCGCCGCAAAAAGCAAUUCACAUCCGCAUACUAACACAUUCCCUCCCAAGGUUCACGGGCCAAGUCAAAGUCCAUUCUCUCCUGAUCUACACCGCACCUACACCCUGCGCCCCAAAGACUCUGAAGCUAUUCAAGAACCGCGAUGACAUCGAUUUCUCCACCGCCUCGGAACUUUCCCCUUGCCAGACUAUCGAGGUCCCACAACCCGUUCCCGGAGAGGAUGUCUUCGAAUUGCCGCUCAACCGCGCGCUGUGGAAUACCACCACUUCAAUUACAAUCUUUGUCGAAGAUAACUGGAGCGAUGGUGACGAGGACGUGACUAAGAUCGGAUACAUUGGGUUCAAGGGCCAGUUCAUGGCUUUGAACCGUGAGCCGGUUAAUGUUAUGUACGAGGCUGCCGCAAAUCCCAAUGACCAUGUCGCGAUCCCUGGUGUUAGUGGUGUUGGGGGUCGAGUCAUGCCUGGUCAGUAA